GCCAGCUUGAACAAUGCAGAAACUAGAAACUAUCAAACACCGUUGACAAGGGAAGAAAACAAUAUAUUACCGACAAAAAGCAAGGCCAGAUUGAGGACUAAGGAAUUAUUGAAACCCCCUGAAAGUCACAAAGCUGGCCAACAUCAUGAAGGAGAAACAGAAGAAGUUCAAGCAGUAGCAAUUAAACUAAACCCACGAUCUCUAAAAUACUAAUUGUGGAAGUCUUCUUACGCCCAUGUCCAUGUCAACGAGUACGCUAGCUGGCUCGACCUUAUGCUGAACGCUGGUUUCUCUUUGUCCGCUGGUUGGCCUAGGCCUUGCUUACUUUUUCUUUGAAACGCGUACAAACUCACAGCCAACCACACACUUUCUUCCAAGAAGCCCGAUGGCAUUUGGGACGGCCUGGCUUUAUGGACGUCGACGUGCUGCUGUUCACUCAAUGCCAAGGAUUCGAGAACUCGCGAUCAUGUCGCUGAGACUGCUGAAGUUCGCAAGCAAUGAGGCUUCGUCGGACGACCCAGCGGCCGGAAACUCCGGUUGGGCCAUUAUCCCCCCCUCCCCCCCCAACUUUUCCAAACUGGUUGGCGAAGUCGGCUCCCAAAACCGUAUUCACAGGCACGUGCGGCCAUUCGCACCUCGCAUCAGCUCAGUAGCUUCAAGCAAGCAACGACCUUGGCCCGACGUUAUGAUGAAGUCCGCAUCUUCUCAGAAACGAGCAGGCUGCCGAUGCCUCUCAUGCUACCAAGGUGUCCUGUCCUCGUCUUGUCGGAAGUGAGAAUGUAACCGGGCCCCUUCGACUGUAUCGCCUGGACUUGGUUAACAAAGAUCCUUGAAACGAAUAUAUCUCUCAAUAAAGAGGUCUAGUCUAUAGCAAUGAUUACAUUUGAUCAUCUCUGCACCUAAAUUACUUACAAAGAGAAGCCAGGAUGCGAAACUCGUCCUACGCAACGAAGCAGGGCAGUCGAGAAUUUCUAAAUAGGUUAUCUAGCUACAAAAAACACCAAGAAGGCAAUGGAUGGUGGAUGAUUGUUGUUUGAUAUAUUUUUAUAACUCAACUGCACGUUAGCUUCCAAGAUAUAGAUAUUAGCGGGAUAGGUCCAGGGUUAAAUCUGAAUUCAGUAAGGCAGAUCUACAAUUUGCAGCAUGUGUUGGAAAGAGAAUAUCAAAGCCUCCUUGGAACCUUCAACCUCUGGCCUGAAACACUCCUCGAGGAGAAUUUAGUUAGAUAACUACUCUGCAGUAUACCUGAAAUCAUGUCAGAUGAAUGAAAAUAUAUCGAGCAAGUCAAAGUCAACGUGACUAACUAUUAUAUCGCUACUCACAUAAAUCCUAGUUGUAUGUUCCAAAAGUUCAUAAAGC